AGCCGGAUGUCCCGGAUGUGCUUUCACAGCAGAGUGCCGUAUUCCAAUUUUCAUCGAGCGCCAAGGCUGGGCGAUUCAAUCCCUCGAAUAUCGUAAUCAACUGUAAAAACAAAAGUGAUUAGUGCAAAGAUUAAGACGCCACUAUAUUAUCUGUCAUACGAUGUCAGUUGUACCUCCAAAUCGAUCAUCUACCGGUUGGCCUCGUGGAGUAAAUCAGUUCGGCAAUAAAUACAUUAGCCAGCCGGCUAAACCGCUCACCCUGGAGAGAACAAUCAACCUAUACCCACUAACAAAUUACACAUUCGGCACCAAGGAGCCGCUCUAUGAGAAGGACAGCUCAGUAGCCGCACGCUUUCAGCGGAUGCGGGAAGAAUUUGAGAAAAUCGGGAUGCGGCGGACGGUGGAAGGGGUUCUGAUCGUUCAUGAGCACAGACUUCCUCACGUGCUGCUGCUGCAGCUGGGAACCACCUUCUUCAAACUUCCCGGGGGUGAGUUGAACCCUGGAGAGGAUGAGGUGGAGGGGUUGAAACGACUGAUGACUGAGAUUUUGGGGCGUCAGGAUGGAGUGAAACAGGACUGGGUCAUUGAUGACUGUAUUGGGAACUGGUGGAGACCAAACUUUGAACCACCACAGUACCCUUAUAUUCCAGCACACAUCACUAAGCCUAAAGAACAUAAGAAGCUUUUUCUAGUACAGCUGCAAGAGAAAGCGUUGUUUGCUGUGCCAAAAAACUACAAGCUAGUGGCCGCCCCCUUGUUUGAGCUUUAUGAUAAUGCUCCUGGAUAUGGCCCAAUUAUUUCCAGUCUCCCACAGCUACUGAGCAGGUUUAACUUUAUCUACAAUUGAGAGACGUGAGGUUUUGUCAUGACCGUGGACUGUCUCUGUGAGCGCAGUCUGAUGGGGUAUCAGAUGAAGAUUUGUGUUAAGGUGUUGGCAAGGUCCAUUGAGGUUUAUGAAAUAUUGCAUUUUCUGGCCUGUCUGCAUUACGUUGAUUUAGAUUGCAUAGGAAUUUGUGAAUUUUUUUCUCAUUUAUAGAUACAUUGCAAAUCUUUGUUUUUGAACUUUGUCAUCAAGUAACUACAUUUUUAUGUUUGACUAUGCGGAACCCAGUGUCUUUUGAAAAAAAAAAAAUGUUUUAGUGACUUAAAAAAAAAAAAAAAACUUGUAUAUUAGUCAGUGUUUUUUAUAAUAAAUUGUUCUCAUGGAUAUUUUGCAGGUUUCAUUUUGUAUAAUUUAUUGUUGCUGUGUAUGAAAGAAGAAUUAGCAUUUUUGUCAUUUAUAUUCUAAUAUGGCUAAUUAUGGUACUAUAUAUGUUAAUAUUAGUCAUGGUUUCUUUAUCCAAAAACUGUCUUAAUUUAGUUUUAUAGACCAUUUUCCACACUUAUUCUGAUCUUAGGAACUAAGACUGUUUUGCUCUAAAAUCUGUGUAUAUGGAUGGACUGAUAUGAAUCAUAACUUGUAAAUAAAUUUAACCCACUCUUUCCUGAAGUUUAUCAGAGCCACGUUUGCUACACAGCCAAGAUAAAGCACAAUGUGAAUGGAAAAUUGUCAACCAAAAAUAUAAAAUUUACUCCCUCUCAGGUCAUUCAGUGUAUAGACGAGUUAAGUUUCUUUAAUUG